CUCGUGCCUCUCCAGCCCCGCCCACGCUUGUUCGCCCAGCCCCUUCUAGCCAGCGUCUUCGCGGAAGCGUUCUUUAACCCCUCCCCCCCGGCUUUAUGACCCAUCGGAGACGCCAUAGCGCUCUCUUCGACUGCGAGGCGGCCCGGGCGGAAGUGACGAUGCCGGAGCCGCGGGAUUCAAACUCCCGGAAGUGGGGCUGGGCUGGGGCCAGCCGGAGCAGCAGCAGCAGUAGCCGCCGCCUCUGCCACCGAGUGCUUAAAGAUGAAUCCUAAGACCGCUAAAGAGAGAAUUAUUGGCAAGUGGGGCUUAAAGUCGGGUAGCUCCAGGCCUGAGAAUGAUGUCGAGAAGUAUAAGCAGGAGAACGCGGCCCUGAGAAAAGCGAUGGAGGAAGCUGUGAAAGGGAAAAGCAAAAUGACUGAUCCGGAAAGGAGCGGGCUCCUAGAGAAAAUACUUUCCCUUGAAAAAGAAAAAGAAAAACAUAACCAUCUUCUUGGAGAGAAGGACAAAGAAAUUCAAAACCUCAAAGACAAGCUUAGAUCCAAAAACAUGAAUAGUGAAGUCUCAUUACAAAGUCAACUAGAGGAAAAAACAAAGGAAGCAGAAAGGAGAGAACAGUUACUUCAUUCUCUAUCAGAAGAAAUGAACCGGUUAAAAUAUAAUUUAUCCACUGUUACUGCAAAAUGUUCUGAGCUUGAAAACAGAGCUGGUACUUCUCAGGCAUCCCAGGUUGUUCUUUGCCUGCAGGAAGCUGUAACAAACAGCACUGGAUCACCAACUAAUCUUUAUGAAGUUGAAAAACAACUAAAAGAUGCUCUUGAGAAAAACCAGCAGUGGCUACUGUAUGACCAGCAGCGUGAAGCAUAUGUCAGGGGACUGCUUGGAAGGAUCUUUGAACUUGAACAGAAGUCAGAAAUAGUUAGCCAACAAGAAUCUAAAGAAUUUGAUUCAGAAGGUCUUCUACCAGAGGAAAAGCAAAAAUACUAUAACCAGCUAUUACUAACUGCUAAGAGUGAUCUGGAGACUGAAAGACACACUAUAACCCAGCUGAGAUCUGAACUUAAUGAAUUCAAAAAGAAGUAUGAAGAAACCCAACAAGAAAUAACAAGUUUAAAUGCCUUAUUGCAGUCACAACAGAUUGCUGAAAUGCAGACUCUAGAAAAUGAAAAUAAAAUUAAAGGAGAGAAAGUACAGAGACUAAAACAAGAAAAUGAAACUAUUAAAGGACAGCUCAGAGAAGAAAAGAAAAAGUCUGAAGAUCUUUUAUGUCAGGUGCAACUUCUUCAUAAAUCAUUGCUCAAACAGCAGGAGGAACACACUAGGAUAGCUUUGUUGGAACAACAGAUCCAGAUAUGCACCACAGACUUUGAGAAUGAAAAGCUUGAUCGCCAGAACUUGCAGCAUCAGUUAAACAAAGUCCUUAAGGAACUGCGCAAGGCCAGGGAGCAAAUAACCCGUCUAGAACCUUUGAAACUCCAGGAGUCUGGACGUAUGGAACCACAAGAAGAUUUGCAAGCUGUGUUUGAAGAGAAGCUGACCAUAUAUGAUAGAAGUCAUUCCCUGAAACAUUCAGGCCUUCUUGAUGAAAGUUUUCUUGAGUGUCCCAGGUGUAAAGUGCAGUAUCCAACAAGCCAGCAUAGAGAAUUAUUAGCACAUAUUGACUUUUGUACAGCUUGAGCUCCAAAUGGAUUUACUAUAUUUGCUUUAUACAUACUGCCAAUAUGCUCUCCUACAAAGUCAAAAGAUCUUUUUAAAGCUUUUUUUCUUAAGGUUGUAUAAAGGACUACUAGUUUUAUAAUUCAGUUCCACAAAAAUAUUAUAUUAAUUUAUUUGGCCUCAGAUAUUUUACCUGAACUUUUUGCAAAAACAGUUACUAGCUACUGCAUUUUUGGUUGCAAAUGGAAAUAUUUUUACAAUUAGGAAUAUCUUCAAAUAGUAAACUACUGACUUUUUUGCACUAUUAAAAAUGAGAACUGUUAAAGCACACCUAUUGUGUCAGACUUUAUUUUAAUGUUUGGCAUAUCCAGUUCUUUGUGAAUCCUGAUGAUUUGUGCUUGUACCUUAACUGACAUUAAUAGCUGCAAAAGAUUUGUGGCCCUUGUAGGUGCACUAUAUAUAUACAUGGGUGUGUGUGUGCAUAGUUUGUAGGCAUAUACACACAUAUUUUAUAUAUGUAUCAUAUACAUAUGUAAUGUAUCACCAUCUUGAUACAUUAAAACUCAGGAGGGUCAUGUUAGAUCUUUGCUGCUUAAGAUUCAUGUUGAAAACAUCAGUCAUAAGUAGCUUAUUUUCCUUGAACUGCAGCCAGGGGUGACUUAGGGCUCUCAUAAAAAUGCUGACUGAGGUUUAAGCUCUUCUCAAAAAAGAAAAAAAGUCAUUGGGAAAACAAACUUCCUAGCAAAUAAAAACUUCUUUGGUACUGAAAGAAGUUUACAUUUCAGAUACCAUUUUUGGAGUUUGGAUAUAGAAUUAUGCUGAAGCAAUCUUUUUGCACUUGUGUAUUUUAGAGGUUAAAGUUGGGAAAUAUCAAUUAUUCAAUCUGUUAUAUUUGUCAAAUGUCCCAGUUUAAAAGUGCAGUUAUUAAUAAAUUGCUCUCACAGAUUUGAAGUGUCACUGUAUUUUGGUAUUAAUGCAGAAAACAAGUCAGCAAUUAAUUCUUGCAACAAAUUAGAAACUAGCAAGAUCUUCCCUUAUGGAUUUGCAAUCCAUGUUAUUUUCCUCUGGUACCUACUCUAAACCUGGACCUGUUACUAGCAUUUUGCUCCUUGCACCUGUAGCUAAGUCCAACAAGCAGUUCCUUCCACAAAAAUUAUUAAAGUGAGGAAGUUUUACAAAUAUAUGCUAGUUAAGAUACAUUUGCUGCUUUUUUAAGUUUAUGGUUUGCUGAGCACAGUGAAACACCCAAGGUCUGUUUUCCUCUGGUAUACUGAUCCUGAUUGCUAGCUAGUCUCAGCUUUUUCCAUCACACUUUGCUGCAAAACUCUGUGUGUUUACCCUGUAAUGUUCACCCUAAUCUCUGAGGGUUAAAUCUUAUUCUUAAAUGAGGCUGUUCUUCAAGUUGUUUUCAAUCACUAUUACAAUAUCAAGUGAUGUUGUUAUUAAUUAAAUCUAGUGUUUGCAAGAAAAAAAAAUGUUAAAAGCUAUUAUCUUUAUCUGCAAUAUCUGUGCCAAAUCUAUGGUAUUAGCCACUACCUAUCCACUUUUCAAUUUCACUGAUGAUGUCUCAGGCUAAGCUUUGUGUUUGACAAUUUGUUCAAUUGUAGCAACAGCAUUUCUGACUGAAGAUAUGAUGAACUAAUGU